GCCUAUCUCCUCUCGAUAGCAGCCGAUAAUAAAAAAAAGAUAUUAUUGAUACGCCGUUAAAUCAGACAGGGUUUUGACAUAUUCAGGUAACGGAAAUAAAAGUGAAUAAUGUCGAAGCAACUCGGUGAUCGUGAUUUAAAACACCGUGACAUAACUUGUGAAAACUAACAGAUAAAGAAACUAGAGGACUUAUAAUAACAGAUCUCGUGCCGCGAUGACAGACCUAUUGAUCGGGAUAGCGGGCAGCGCUUUCGUUUGCCCUGGAAGUAAUCACGGCAACGGUGAGGUGGUUUACAGGAACGGAGGCGGCGGCGGGGGCGGCGGGAGCGGCGGAGGCGCCUUCAGGAACUCGGAGAUGCGACAUUCUCGCAGCGAGGAUCUCCUCGGCGCCGGCCGCCCCCUCAGCCCCAUGCUCGCCGCCGCCUCGGAGGACGACCUGGUCGCUUCCAGCGCUCUCCACGAGUGCUCCAGCCCCCCGUCCACCCCGGGAUGCUACCGAGCUCCAGGGCCUCCCGGCGUCCUGGCCGAUCGCGUUGACCCCGAAGAUUCCAUCCGCGAUAUCGUCACCGAGAACGAUUUGUACAGAUUCGUGCUCUUCAAACGGCACUACGACAAGUACGUCGCUCUGGCCGCCAGGUACGAAGAGGCAAGAGGGGUAGCCUACUACUUGGAAGAGCGUUACCACGAGGUCAAGGCUGAAAAGGACAAACUAGAGGCCCGACGAAUCGCUCUGGAGAAAAGGCUCGAAGGAUGCGAAUCGGAGCUGCGCGAAAAGGAGGAAGAACUCUUCCUUCAGCUGGAGCGGAGCCUUCGCCUCGACGACGAGGUCGAACGCAUCCGGAGCGACCGGGACGCCUGCGUCGCGGCGCGUGACCGACUCGAGGAAGAACGAGCUGCGGCGCUGCGCCAACUCAAGAUCCAAGCCUCUCAGAGCGAGGCGACGAGGCGAACCCUCGAAAGAGCUCGCCAGGAUGUCAUAAAGCAGGCCACCGUCAUCCGGGCGGAGCGCGACGCCCUCGAACUCGAGAAUGAAAUACUGAAGGAAAGGUUGAGGGCCGAGCAAGGAGAAUUGGGCGCUGAACGUCGUCGUCGCGAGGAAGGCGUCGCGGCGCUGAGCCAUGAAGCAGCGACUCUACGGCAUGCUGCUCGUCAUCUAAGAGCCGCAGCUUUACACGCGACGGCUUGUCGGCGUCGGCGUCGUUGUUCGGUAUGCGUUUAUGCAAAACGCACUUUUGGCGACGUCGAAGACUUUCGCGACGAUGGGAAACUCUUCAGGUGCCUUCAAGCCCCCCUACAGGAUUUACGCACGUGGUUACGGCCCAGUGCAACUGUAACCAAUGCCGCGCUUCCUCCAUUGAGAACCAGCUCACCAAUGGACCGAGGAAUCAGUUUCAUUGACGAUUCGAGCAGCAUCUCGGAGGAUGAAGUGUACCCCAAUACUCCAGUUGCUGACGUUUCGCUGUCCUCGACUAAUUCAAGCGCGCCGCAAACUGCCAGGGCAUUCUCCUCCGACUCUGGAUUUUCGUCGGAAACGGGUGAUCGUAGAUCGCGCUCCUAUGAAGGUGGCAACAACAGCCGAAAGAUCAGUGAAUCUUCGAGCAACGAACCCGAAGGUCCAAGAAAUAGUGGAGGGUUUAAUCGUUCUCGAUGGACAUCCUCUUUUCGCAAACUACUAGGGCGCAAGUCAAAGGCCAAACCUACUGCCGAUUAAUCCUCCUAAGUGACCUUUAUAUAAUGAAUAAAUUAUCCUAUGUACACAUACGAUGUACGUAUGAUAUGUUAUAAAAGGCCUGUGCAAAUUUUAUGACGGUGCAUUUAGUAUAGUGCCGUUAUUUGUUGCAAGAGUUAAAAUGUUGCGUGGUGCAAUUAUUAUAUGUAUUUGGCUAUAUAAACUUUGUUAAGAUUUGAGAAUGAAACGUUUUGCUCGGGCCCGGAUUCAAGUAGGAGUUAGAGCGUUGAAUUCUAGUAAAAGUGUAUUAGGCAAGAUUGAAUUCAAUUUCUAUAUUAGAAGAAUUAGAUUAUACUAAUUUUUUGAAGAACAUGAAAUAUAAACUAUCACCUUUUGGGUAAAUGUUAAAAUGUUGAUAUGCGGUGAUAAGAGAAACGAAUUUUUGUUUGUGAUUAUGUCGUUCAAAUAAAUUUAUAGACUGGAACCAUUUCGAACCAGACGCUUCCCUCGUCGACCGGACCACUCUUCUAUCUCCACAUUAAUGAUUUUUAUGUGGAACGCAUGUACAUCUUCAAAACUACCGAGUUGUUCCGAUAUUUUGAGAUUUACUGCAAUUUCGCCUGGAUACAGGAUCGUGGCAAUUUUAUAAGAAUCAAAGACUAUGGUGCAACAAAGUCUCCGGUUGACGUACAAAAUUUCGUAAAUAAAUGAUAUUUAGAUUAAGUAGGUCAAUAAAUUUGAAGCAAUAACCAGUAAGGGUUGCAAGAACACCAAGAUAUAUUCUGAAAUGUGCCCAGGUAUUGUACUUACAUUUUUUGUUCUCUUUACUUUUGAAAAUCAUCUUGCCAUUUAAUUGUCGUUAAGGAAAAUAUAAUUGAACAUUUCAUACAUCACUCUUCUCCUAAUUUUUAGGUAUAUACAUAAACCAAUUGCCAAUGGAAUUAUUAGCAUAUGUCAAUACAAUUAAUUCGUAAGUUGCGCGCAGGGUGUGGUUCCUAUUUCAACUAUAUUUAUC